ACGCAGACCAACCGAAAACGCAUUCUUCCUAUCACCAAAUACACAUAACAUAAUUACCCCAAAGAUGAAGCUCAAGCAACAACUUCGUGAAGCCAUAGAUUUUCUGUUCACUCGCGGUCCUGCUUCUUCUGCUGACUACACUCGUCUUGUUCUUCACUGUGCUCGAUCCAAUGACUUCAAUCAAGCCAAGAGAUUACAGUCUCACAUGGAACUUCAACUUUUUCAACCCACUGACUCAUUCAUCCAUAACCAACUCCUCCAUUUAUAUGCCAAAUGUGGCAAACUCUCAGAUGCUCAACAACUGUUUGAUAAAAUGCGUAAGAGGGAUAUUUAUUCUUGGAAUGCAUUACUUUCUGCUUAUGCUAAGGUGGGUUCGGUGGAGGAUUUGAAUUUCGUUUUUGAUCAAAUGCCUUGUCGUGAUUCUGUUUCAUAUAACACAUUGAUUACUUGUUUUGCAAGUAAUAGGCUUUCGAGUAAAGCAUUGAGUUUUUUUGUGAGAAUGCAGGAAAAUGGGUUUCAGCCUACUCAGUAUUCUUACGUGAAUGCGUUGCAAGCGUGUUCUCAGCUUUUGGAUUUUAGGCUUGGGAAACAAAUUCAUGGGAGAGUUGUUGUUGGUGAGUUUGAGAAAAAUACUAUUGUUUGGAAUGCUGUGACUGAUUUGUAUGCUAAGUGUGGUGAUAUAGAUAGAGCACGGUGGUUGUUCGAUGGAAUGGUUAAAAAGAAUGUGGUUUCGUGGAAUGUUAUGAUCUCUGGGUAUGUGAAAAUGGGAAACCCUGAUGAGUGCAUUCAUUUGUUUAAUAAGAUGCAAUUAUUUGGUUUGAAACCUGACCAAGUUACAGAUUCUAAUGUUCUAAAGGCGUACUUUCAAUCUGGACGUGUAGAUGAUGCGCGGAAUAUGUUUAGUAAAGUAGCCAAAAAGGAUGAGAUUUGUUGGACUACGAUGAUAGUUGGUUAUGCGCAAAGUGGAAGAGAGGAAGAUGCUUUGAUGUUGUUUAAUGACAUGCUUCGUGGAAACGCUAGACCUGACAGCCACACCAUUUCUAGUGUUGUAAGCUCUUGUGCCAAGUUAGCAUCUUUAUAUCACGGUCAGGGUGUCCAUGGAAAAGUUAUUCUUAUGGGUGUUGAUAGUAACAUGCUUGUAUCAAGUGCACUAGUUGAUAUGUAUUGCAAGUGUGGAGUCCCUUUUGAUGCUCGCGUAAUUUUCGAAACUAUGCCUAUUAGGAACGUGAUCACUUGGAAUUCCAUGAUUUUGGGUUAUGCACAAAAUGGGGAGGCUCAGGAGGCCUUGGCUCUGUAUGAAAGAAUGCUGCAAUUAAAUUUCAAACCUGACAAUAUUAGUUUUAUGGGUGUCUUAUCUGCUUGUAUCAAUGCUGAUAUGGUUAAAGAAGCAUGCAAGUAUUUCGAUUCGAUCACUGAACACGGAAUGACACCGACAUUGGAUCAUUAUGCAUGUAUGAUUACUCUCUUUGGUCGGUCUGGUAAUAUUGAUAAAGCGGUGGAUUUAAUUAAUGGUAUGCCGCACAAACCAGAUCACCAGAUUUGGUCCGCUUUACUAUCUGUUUGCUCCAAGGACAACAUAAAGACUGCAGAAUUUGCAGCUAAUAAUCUCUUUCAACUGGAACCACAUAAUGCUGGACCUUAUAUCAUGCUUUCAAACUUGUAUGCUGCUUGUGGAAGAUGGAAAGAUGUAGCUGUUGUAAGGUCUCUUAUGAAGGAAAACAAUGCAAAGAAGUUUGCUGCAUACAGUUGGGUUGAGGUUGAGAAUGAACUCAACCGAUUUGUUUCUGAUGAUCACAAUCAUCCAGAAGUGGAAAGAAUCUAUGGUGAAUUGAAUAGAUUGAUUGUAAAAUUGCAACAAAUUGGGUAUAAUCCAGAUACACGCAAUGUUCUACAUAAUGUGGGAGAGGAAGAAAAAUUGAGAUCCAUCUCGCACCACAGUGAGAAACUUGCUCUUGCGUUUUCUUUAAUUAAAAAAACCAAGGGUAUUGCACCAAUACGGAUCAUAAAAAAUAUACGUAUCUGUGAUGACUGUCAUGUAUUUAUGAAGUUUGCAUCAAUUGCUAUAGCUCGGCAAAUCAUUAUAAGAGAUUCAAGUAGGUUUCAUCAUUUCAUUGAUGGAAGGUGUUCUUGCAAAGACCAUUGGUAGAGUCUCAAUCUGAUGGAUACUAACUUUAAAGAAUGGAAGCAAGUGGUGCAAGAAAUUGUCCGCUUCACAAAAGCAGAUAUGGGCUUUAGCUUCAGGCCUAUGCGUUAUUGUGCUACAUUUGAUUCUCAUCAGGCUUCUCUUCCUUAUUUGGC